AUGGCAGAGAUGAGAGCGGUGCUCUUGUUACUGCUCUGCGUUUCCCACUCUUCUGCCAAUUGUGGCAUCCAGAAAGCCUACAUCCCUGAUACUCUGGAGGACAACUUGGUCCACAGGAAGAUGUUCCCCUGGGUCGUGUCCCUGCACGAUUCCUACUACACCCAGCUAGCUCUCGGCUGCAUCCUCAGUGAGUUCUGGAUACUGAGCACCGCUUCUACCUUUCAGCACAGGAACAGCGCGGUCGUUAUAGUGGGGAUCGCCAACAUGGACGUGCGAAAGAGAGCCUUCAAAGAGUAUGCAAUCAACACCAUCAUCAUCCACAAGGACUUUGACAACAGCUCCAUGAACAACAACAUCGCCCUCCUGAAGACGGACAGCACCAUGAAGUUCAACGACCUGGUCCAGCCCAUCUGCUUCCUGGGCAGAAGGCUGCAGAAGCCACUGGAAGUGCUGCGGAACUGCUGGGUGUCAGGAUGGAACCCCACGUCUGCAACAGAAACACAAUUGACGAUGAGUGUUCUGAGGAAAAUCUCCGUGAAAGAUGUGGACCUGUGUCCUUUAAACAGACCCUGGAAGACAGCUUGCAGCAUUCACUUUCACAGGGAGCAGAAAACGUACAACAUCUGCUUGGGUGACCCCGGAAACCCAAUGAUGUGCCAACUCCCGAAAUCGGAUCUGUGGGUCCUGAGGGGAGUCCUGACGCAGGGCAAUAAUAAGUGCAGCGGCCCCUUUCUGUAUACCAAGGUGGAAGACUACAGCGACUGGAUCAAAGAGGAGUCCGAGAAGGUCGGCCCUGCCCUCUAUCCUCUCUCCAACUGGGAAAAGAUGCCCCCUCACUCCAGCGGGCUGAGGGACCUCAUGACACAGAGAAGCCAGGCUCAGAACAGCUCUGCCAAAGGGCACCAAGAACAGCGUCGAGGGACAAGCCGGCCCCCCAGUCACUUGGGGACAGCAAAAGAGCCUGGGAGUAGCCCUCACUCGAGGCAAAAGGGUCUGAGGGAGACAGGCCGGGUUUCAGAAAUUGCCAUGCAGCCCAUGUACUACGACUACUACAGCGGGGAGGCUGGAGAAGGGGAGUCUGUUGCAGGUCAGAACAGCUUACAUCAACCCCAACAAACCACCGUGCUCUUCUCCUUGCUGGCUUUCUUUUGUAGCAGUUAG